AUGGGGAACACCCUUUCCUCUUGCUGCAAAGGUCGGCCCAAGGAUAACCUCUAUGAGCCCGCCCUCGCAGACAGUGAACGGGAAGCCGUUGCCGAUCUCCUCCAAUACCUCGAGAAUCGAGGUGACACUGAUUUUUUCUCCGGAGAACCACUGCGAGCUCUGAGCACCCUCGUCUACUCGGACAAUGUCGACCUACAGCGGAGCGCCAGCCUAACAUUUGCGGAAAUCACUGAGCGAGAUGUCCGGGAAGUCGACCGAGACACCCUCGAACCCAUCUUGUUCUUAUUACAGAACCCCGAUAUCGAGGUUCAACGAGCGGCGAGUGCUGCGUUGGGAAAUCUAGCUGUCAAUAACGAAAACAAAGUCGCCAUUGUCCAGCUCGGCGGACUCCCUCCUCUCAUCCGGCAGAUGAUGUCUCCCAACGUUGAGGUACAAUGUAAUGCUGUCGGGUGCAUUACUAACCUCGCCACCCAUGAAGACAACAAGGCCAAGAUUGCAAGAUCAGGAGCACUAGGGCCAUUGACAAGGCUGGCAAAAUCCAAAGACAUGCGGGUACAGAGGAAUGCCACUGGCGCCCUACUCAACAUGACACAUUCGGACGACAAUCGACAACAGCUUGUCAACGCGGGAGCUAUCCCUGUCCUUGUCCAGCUACUCUCCUCACCCGACAUGGAUGUCCAGUACUACUGUACCACCGCCUUGAGCAACAUCGCAGUCGAUGCGUCAAACCGGAAAAAAUUGGCUCAAACCGAAUCACGCCUUGUUCAGUCUCUGGUCCAACUUAUGGACUCCGGCACUCCCAAGGUUCAGUGUCAAGCCGCCCUAGCUCUCCGCAAUCUGGCCUCGGAUGAGAAGUAUCAACUGGAAAUUGUGCGAGCUAGAGGCUUACCACCGCUUUUACGACUUCUACAGUCUUCUUACUUGCCUCUGAUUCUCUCAGCUGUUGCCUGCAUUCGAAACAUUUCCAUCCAUCCUUUGAAUGAAUCUCCAAUCAUCGACGCCGGUUUCCUCAAGCCAUUGGUCGACCUCCUCGGCUCCACUGACAACGAAGAGAUCCAAUGCCAUGCCAUUUCCACCCUUCGAAAUCUCGCGGCGAGUUCGGACCGCAAUAAACAGCUCGUUCUAGAAGCCGGCGCUGUACAAAAAUGCAAAGAACUGGUCUUGAACGUCCCAUUGAGCGUACAGUCCGAGAUGACCGCGGCGAUUGCUGUGCUAGCUUUGAGCGAUGAGCUCAAAUCUCACCUUCUGAAGCUCGGCGUCUUCGAUGUUCUCAUUCCUUUGACCGACUCUGAAAGCAUUGAGGUCCAGGGAAACAGUGCGGCUGCCUUGGGAAAUUUGUCCUCUAAGGUCGGUGACUACUCGAUCUUCGUUCGAGACUGGAACGAUCCAAAUGGCGGUAUCCAUGGUUAUCUGAAACGUUUCCUCGCCAGCGGAGAUCCAACUUUUCAACACAUUGCAAUCUGGACUUUGCUACAGCUUUUAGAGUCGGACGACCAAAAGCUUGUGAGCCUCGUUGCUAAAUCGGAAGACAUCAUCCAAAUGGUCAAGACGAUCGCCGACAAGCAUGUGGAAUCCGACGAUGAAGAAGGCGAAGAAGGCGAGGGUGAAGUCAUCGCUCUUGCACAGAGAUCGCUGGAACUGCUUGGCAAAGGUCCCAAGCAAACGCUGGUGGAGGGCUAA